UUCUCUCUGGAGCCUGUGGCGCUGGUAUGACGGAGGUCGUGGCGCAGUUGCGGACCCGAUAUAUAUAUUAUGAACUAGUGGUACUCCUGCACGUCACAAAAUUUACCGUCUUUCCCUCAUGGUAUCUACUCAUUCCAUAAUGGCAACGGCGCUGGCCUGCUUGGCGUUCUCCGUUGCGCCGGUGACUGCAACAACGUACUCUAUGGUCAAAGAGUACUAUGGUUCUACUUUCUUUGACGAGUGGACUUUCUAUAAUAAUUAUGAUAAUUUGACAAACGGAGAUGUUGUUUAUGUUUCGGCUCAGAACGCAACUACAGAUCAGUUGGCAUAUGUAGAUACUUCAACGAACCAUGCCAUUAUCAAAGUAGACAACACUUCCACUGUGGUUUGGGACAACAAACGCAACUCCGUCAGGAUUUCAAGCGAUGACACCUUCGGAGUGGGAAGUUUGUGGGUAGCCGAUAUAUAUCACGCGCCUUAUGGUUGCUCCGUGUGGCCCGCGUGGUGGAGUCAAGCAGCUGUCUGGCCACAGGGUGGCGAGAUCGAUACUUUUGAGGGCAUCAAUACCAAUACCCAAAACCAAAUGUCCUUGCACACUGAAACUGGGUGCACGGCGAUUUCCCAAAAUCAAACUUCAACUCUGGUUGCCAGCACAAAUUGUUCGUAUGCCGCGAACGAGGAUCAAGGUUGUAUUGUUACAGACCCAUCGACUGGGUCCUACGGUGCUGGUUUUGCGAGCAGUGGAGGAGGAGCUUUUGUGACCGAGAUGGCUUCUACUGGUAUAAACAUUUGGUUCUUCGCAAGGUCCGCAAUACCUAGCUCGCUGUCGAGUAACGAAAGCUCGAUUGAUACCUCGGCCUUUGGUAUUCCUGUUGGCAAUUGGCCUUCUACGGGUUGCAACAUCACGGAAUUCUUCGAGCCCCAGAACUUGAUUUUCGAUAUCACCCUCUGCGGAGACUGGGCCGAUGGUGCUACAUGGAACAGCACAUGCUCAGGGAUCUGCUACAACAACUGGGUCAUGGGCAAUGGUACCGACUACGAUAAUGCCUACUUCGAAGUCGGCUAUGUGAGGGUUUUCAGCACGGAAGGCACCAACACAGUCGUAUCUCCCACCACCACUGGUUCUGGUUCGUCCUCGACAACGUCAACACAAAGUAGCUCGUCUGCGGGCCUCCCGUAUGGUGGCUAUUGGAUGAGUGCGACGUUGCUCGUGGUCGUUGGACUUUUCAGCGCUCUCUUUACACUUGCUUGAAGGGACUAAUGAUUUAUCAGCGACAUUGCUCAGUGAUAAGAAUGUACUUUUUGUAUGUAUAGGCUCUAUUCACUUCACAACCGGAGAAUCAUCAUGGUCGGGAAGAGGCAUACCCAGGACUUAUGUUUACAUAGUAUUUGACAUUGUUGAACAAUAGUAGAUCCGGACUCUGGAAAAACCUACGGCUGCCGUGACUGAUAGCUAUCAACCCCAGACGAGUAGCUCCGACUGGCGUUCCUUAAGAUUGCUUGGGCCAUAGGCACUGCAGUGCUUUAUUUAUGUAGACUCAUAUGGAGAACUCUACCUUAUCAUCAGUUGCAGCGUAAUCGACUCCAAAAAAAAACUGGAUGAGCCGCAUCUAUUCAC